UAUGAAGCAUCUCAACUGGAAAAGCUUCAUUAGUGAGGAUGCAAGGCUUGGUAAGUUCAUAGAUUUUUAGUUUUUUUUUAGUUUGAUUCUCAUUGAUAUGCAUGUUUACCUUGCCUUCCUUUUUAUUUUACUGCUGUCAAAAGUCGAUACUUGUUUGCAGGUCUUGGUGAGUAGCUUCUUAUAUACUCUUAUCAUUCUGUGAAAAGCUGACCUUUAUGACGUGCUAGGAAGAAAAAUGUUUUCUUUUGAGCAAAAUCAGGUCGGCACCUUUCCCUGUGUUUCCACUAGCUUUGCAAACCUUGUGUAAAAGAAGAAUCUGCAAAAGUAGGCUGGAUAUUAGAAUAUGUGAUGGGGUUGGCUUUCAUACUGGAGAUACCAAUAUUUACUUGUGUCCAGCAAGGAAGGAAUAAAGCUCAGAUGUAACAAAGGAUCCAAGGAAAGUAUAACACUUUGAGCAUCUCUUGACAGCUUGUUUCUAACUGCAUCAUAGGCAAUCUUUCUCCCACAACUUCUCAGCUUACAGAAGUUUGAGAAUACAAGAUGGCUAAAAUGAUUGCUGCUGUCAUUGUAUGCGUGGUUGUUUUAGCCCUGGAUAUCACUGCUGGGAUACUAGGGAUUCAGGCUCAGGCUGCACAAAACAAGACUAAAAAGGUCACAAUACUCUUUAUCCAAUGCGAGAAACCGGUAUAUAAAGCAUACCAGCUCGGCCUCGCGGCGGCAGUGUUCCUAGUAGUUUCUCACGCUGUGGCCAACUUCCUCGGCGGCUGUGCCUGCAUCUGCUCUCAGUUGGAAUUCAUUCGGGCAUCCAUCAACAGGAAACUGGCAGCUACUCUUAUUAUUCUUUCAUGGAUCGCACUCAUCGUUGGGUUCUCGCUGCUGCUCGCUGGGGCCAUGUCCAAUUCCAAGUCGAAGACGUCGUGCGGGUUCGUGCAUGGCAAGACGCUGGCCCUUGGAGGGAUCAUGUGCUUCGUCCACGCAGGGGUCACCGUCGCCUACUAUGUCACCGCCAAUGCGGCGGCGAACGAACUUCCUUAGGCCAGUGCGUGUGCAAAUGCUUUUGGCUGAGAUUAUACAGUCUGAUACUUUGUCACAGGAGAUUACCAUUCUUUUCUUGCUUUUGUUGUUUCGUGUCUUUCAGAUUGUGAUUCAACUUUUUACUGUUUUACACUUCAUGGAAGCAUCCGGUUCUGUAUCGUAUCAAAGUUGCACAAAAUGAGAUAUAAUUGCGGUUUGAUUGAUUCA